GCGAAACAUCAGGAGAGAAUGCUUCUGGAACAUGGCCAUACAGCCCGGAAAACACACAAAAAUCCUGUGAUUCCGGCCAUGAAAGCCUUCGACAACACUGUGACCCUUUUGCUGCUGCAUAUUACAUUCGGCAGCAAAAACUUUUUUGGGUUUCAGGUUUUUGAAAAUUUCGGUGCACAUUAGACAAGAUGGUGCAUCUUGUUGUGAGUUCUGUUGGAAACUAGGCAAGUGGAGCUUAUAUACCCCUGUUUCCCCUAAAAUAAGACAUCCCCAGAAAAUAAGACCUAGUAGAGGUUUUGCUGAAUUGCUAAAUAUAAGGCCUCCCCUGAAAGUAAGACCUAGCAAAGCUUUUGUUUGGAAGCAUGCAGGAUCGAUAAAUGUACAUACCAUAGAUCAUUGUACAUGGAAAUAAAGGUAGUAACAAGAAAUAAUAAUAAUAAUAAUAAUAAUAAUAAUAAUAAUAAUAAUAUAACUUUAUUCUUGUAUCCCACCUCCAUCUCCCAGAAGGGAUUCAGGGCAGCUUACACAGGGACAAGCCCAACAACAACAUAAAUUUACAUACGAACAGAAAUUUAAAACAGUAAUUCAAAAACAGUAUAUCAAUAAAAUAUAAUAUAGAAAUUAUUGAAAGGGUUCACAGUUUGGUUACGCUGGUUUGUGAUGACAACUACUGUACAGUAGAUAAUAAAUUUUCAUUUUUAAAAAAUUCGACCAUAAAUUUGAAUUCUUCUUCGUGGAAAAAUAAUACAUCCCCUGAAAAUAAGACCUAGCGCAUCUUUGGGAGCAAAAAUUAAUAUAAGACACUGUCUUAUUUUCAGGGAAACAGGGUAUUUCUCCAGGAUGUGAGAAAAAACUCUUGAUAUAUAUUGUCUGUUGGGGGCAAGUGUGAAUAUUGCAACUGGCCACCUUGAUUAGCAUUGAAUAGCCUUGCAGCUUCAAGGCUUGGCUGUUGCUGCCUGGCUUUCUCUUUCUCUUCUUUCCUCUUUCUUAGGUAGUCUGGAUGGCCAUCUGUCAGGCGGGAUUAGAUUGUGUCUCCCAGCUUGGCAGAAUGGGGUUAGACUGGAUGGCCUUUGAGCAUCUCCUUCCAACCCUAAGAUUUAAAGGCUCAAGUCUCUUUCUCUCCUUUGACAACCUUGAUUAGCAUUGAAUAGCCUUGCAACUUCAAGGCCUGGCUGUUGCUGCCUGGCUUUCUCUUCUUUCCUCUUUCUUAAGAAGUCUGGAUGGCCAUCUUUCAGGAGGGAUUGGAUUGUGUCUCCCAGCUUGGCAGAAUGGAGUUAGACUAGAUGGCCUGUGAGCAUCUCCUUCCAACCCUAAGAUUUAAAGGCUCAAGUCUCUUUCUCUUCUUUGGCCACCUUGAUUAGCAUUGAAUAGCCUUGCAGCUCCAAGGCCUGGCUGUUGCUGCCUGGCUUUCUCUUCUUUCCUCUUUCUUAAGAAGUCUGGAUGGCCAUCUGUCAGGAGGGAUUGGAUUGUGUCUUCCAACCUGGCAGAAUGGAGUUCGAGUGGAUGGCCUCUGAGCAUCUCCUUCCAACCCUAAUAUUUAAAGGCUCAAGUCUCUUUCUCUCCUUUGGCCACCUUGAUUAGCAUUGGAUGGCCUUGCAGCUUUAAAGCCUGGCUGCUUCCUGCCUGGGGGAAUCCUUUGUUGGGAGGUGUUAACUGUUAAUGUGGGGUUUGUGUAUUGGUAGUGUUUAAAUGAAAUUUGUGUCUUGCCUGUGUUGCAUACUGAAUAAUAAUAAUAAUAAUAAUAAUAAUAAUAAUAAUAAUAAUUUUAUUUUUGUACCCCACCUCCAUCUCCCCAGAGGGACUCGGGGCGGCUUACAGAUAUAAAACCAGCAUACAGUAUACGGUUUUACAAAAACACACAAGUAAAUUUAAAAGGCAUUAAAAAUUGCAUCAUCCAGAGUGUAACAUAGUCUGGAAAGAGUUAAUUCCAAAAAGCUGUGAUGUCCUUGAUGUGUGGCUGGAACUGGUGAGUGUCCAGACACAAGUGUUUGUACAUUACUGAUUGCAUCAGUUCAGAGUUGAGUUGAGUGCUGUCUGCCUAGAGUGAGAGUCAAGUCCUAUGUUUGUCUGUAAGUCUGUUUGUCUUGAUUAUUACUGCUUACAGUAAAACUUUGUAUAUAGUUUUACUAACGUCUCUGGGUGUCACUUCGUUCUGCGUUCCACUGAUUCCAUCCAACUACUGCUGGGCUGCAAUUACUCUGACAUUAACUGGCCCUGAUUGUUUCCUGUCUGGAAUUCCCCUGUGUUCUGAGUGCUGCUCUUUAUUUGCUGUCCUGAUUUUAGAGUUUUUUAAAAAUACUGGUAUCCAGAUUGUGUUCAUUUUCAUGGUUUCCUCCUUUCUGUUGAAAUUGAAAUCAUGCUUGUGAUUUCAAUGGCAGGGGAAGCCGCUUAAACCUGAGUUAGAUGUUUCUCUUUAAUGCUCCCAAACAAUACAUCCCUCUUCGUUUGUUGUAUCUGUGAUUGUGCUCAUCGGAAUGGAAGUUUCUAAAUGUUUUGCAUUUUUUAAAUCAAAACUUUCUGACUUGAACUAUUGGCACAUUCAAUCCUAUGGCCUUAAAUCCCAUUAAAUGCCAUCAUGUCUAUGCCACAGCCUGAUUCACUUGCUGUUGUUUUGGGGGAAUUCCAGCAGGAGAGUCAAUGGUUAACUUCCCAGCCGUGGAAUCCAAAUAAAAGGAAAAAUUCACAGUGGCCGAGGCCAUAUCCGGAGAGCCAUCUAUGAAGGUCUUUCUAAACAGAGUGCCAUGAUAAAGCUUGUAUUGGGACACACCACCCUCUCCGAUUGGGCCCAUUUAAUCUCAUCGCCCAGAAGCAACUAUUACAACCCCCAGAAGGGCACGCUAUAAUACGAUCAUCAUCCCGUUAAAUGGGACCCCGAGGGAGAAUUGCCAGGAUGCCCUGCCUGCUGUGCCUUGGGUGACGAAAAGGAGCGCUUUUCCCGCUGAAUGCUCCCCUCCUGACACUGACGCUCGGUCCCAGAAAGACUCGAACACGGAUCCACGGGGAGAGCCCGGAACACGAUGAACAGACUGAACUUCCACAAUAACAGAGUCAUGCAGGACCGACGCAGCGUGUGUAUUUUCCUCCCCAACGACGAUUCCCUCAACAUCAUCAUAAAUGUUAAAAUAUUGUGUCACGAGUUACUUGUCCAGGUGUGUGAUUUGCUGCGGCUGAAGGACUGUCACCUUUUUGGACUCAGCGUCAUACAAAACAAUGAGCACGUCUAUAUGGAGUUGUCCCAGAAGCUCUACAAAUACUGUCCGAAGGAGUGGAAGAAGGAGGCAAGCAAGGGCAUAGAUCAGUUUGGUCCCCCGAUGAUCAUUCAUUUUCGUGUGCAGUAUUACGUGGAAAAUGGACGGCUGAUCAGCGACCGAACGGCCCGCUACUAUUAUUACUGGCACCUGAGGAAGCAGGUCCUGCGCUCCCAAUGCAUGCUGCGGGAAGAGGCGUACUUUCUCCUGGCCGCUUUCGCCUUGCAAGCCGACUUGGGCAACUUCAAGCGGAACAAGCACUUUGGGAAAUACUUCGAGCCCGAAGCCUACUUUCCCUCAUGGGUGGUGGCCAAGAGAGGGAAGGACUACAUCCUGAAGCACAUCCCCUUCAUGCACAAGGACCAGUGCGCUCUGACCGCCUCCGAAGCCCACCUGAAGUACAUCAAGGAGGCUGUGCGGCUGGAUGAUGUGGCUGUGCAUUACUACCGGUUGUACAAGGACAAGAAGGAAAUCGAGGCCUCCUUAACACUUGGGUUGACCACACGGGGAAUCCAGAUUUUUCAGAAUGCAAACAGUGAAAGGCACUUGCUUUAUGACUUCCCUUGGACGAAUGUUGGGAAACUCGUGUUUGUGGGCAAGCGGUUUGAGAUCCUUCCGGACGGCCUCCCCUCAGCCCGUAAGCUCACCUACUAUACGGGGUGCCCCACGCGCUCCCGCCACCUCCUGCAGCUCCUGAGCAGCAGCCACCGCCUCUACAUGAACCUGCAGCCGGUUCUGCGCCAGAUCCGGAAAUUGGAGGAGAACGAAGAGAAGAAGCAGUACCGGGAGUCCUACAUCAGCGACGCUCUGGACCUGGACAUGGACCAGCUGGAGAAGCGCUCCAGGGCCAGCGGGAGCAGCUCGGGCAGCGUCCAGCACAAGCGGCUCUCCCGCCGCUCCACCACCAGCCAUAGCAGCUCCCACACCUCCGGUAUCGAAGCCGACCCCAAGCCGCGCGACCGGGUGGCCGAGGACGACUUCUUGGUGGCCGCCGUCCACCGCAAGUUGAGGGCUUGCAGCUCCAUGACCAGCCAUGGAAGCUCACACACCUCCGGCGUGGAAAGCGGGGAGAAGGAGCGGCUGGAAGAGGACUCCUCGCAAGAAGAUGAGAUUGAGAUGUUGGUUGAUGACCCCAGAGACCUUGAGCCCACGAGCGAAACCUCCCUGGACGAUGUGAGUCCCGACGUGUGCAUUUACAUCACCGAGGACAUGCUGAUGGCCAGGAAGUUCAACGGUCACUCAGGCUUGGUGGUCAAAGAGGUCAGUUCAUCCACUUCCAGCUCGUCGGAAACCGUGGUCAGACUUCGCGGCCAGAGCACUGAUUCAUUGCCACAGACGGCCUGCCGGAAGCCGAAGGGCUCCUCGGACCGCCACAGCCUGAGCCUGGACGACAUCCGUCUCUACCAGAAGGACUUCCUGCGCCUGGCCAGCCUGUGCCAAGAGACGGCCCAGAGCUACACCUUUGGCUGCGGCCAUGCGCUGGCCGAGGAAGGGCUCUACUGCAACGGCUGCCUGGCGCGGCAGUGCGUCAACAUCCAGGACGCUUUCCCCGUCAAGAGGACCAGCAAGUACUUCUCUCUGGACCUUUCCCACGAAGAUGUCCCGGAGUUCGUCGUCUGACGCAGCUGGAGAGACAACAACCAACCCAACCAGGUGCCAAUGCUUCCACGAACUCUUUGGGUCUUUUUGGUGCCAUGCAGGGAUUUUUUCCCCCUUUCUUUCGAUAUAUUUUCUCGGAUACUUAAACAAAACAAAAAAACCCAAGGCCUUGUGAACUGUUGCACUAUUUACAAAUGCCUGUCCCAAAAGCUGGAAUUUGUGGCAUUUCCAUUUGCGGGAUUUGAUCGAAGUUUAAAUCGGUCGGAUUUGGGAGACGCGAUGUCUCAAUGUCUUUCUUCUUUCGGACACAUCCCACACUGAGGAUUUUUUAAAAAUUUCCUCUUCUUUCUGCAAAAAAAGUUAAAAGGGAUGGUUUCUUUUCUUUCGUUUCACGUCCUUGUCCUUUGCCACACGGAAACUCCUGAAAGUCUUCCAUGCCACAGAGAGAGAACAUACAGAUUUCACGCAUCGAGUUUUUUGCAAUUUAGUUUUGUUGCGCCGUCAUGACAUAUACUCCAAAGUAAGGACAUGGUUCUGUUUCUUCUAUUUGAUUUUUAUUUUAUUUCCAUAUCAAGCCAAAGAAAUGCACAUAUCCUGGGUGGAUGGCGUCAAGACAGAGAUGUCGGCAAUAAGGAACCAAAGGAGAGAACUAUGUGUAUUGAAAAGACUUUGUGGAAAUGGCAACAGGUUAUGAUCAUAUCCAUCUUGUGGGUUUUUUUCUCUAAAAAAGAAGCCAAGAGGGUUUUUUUUUUUCAUUUUCUGGUUUGUAAAAGUUUACAAAAAAGAAGAGACGACGACAGUGAUGAGGCUUCUGGAAGCUUUUUCCGGUUUCUCAUGGGGUGCCUGAAAGGACAAAUAAUCUGUGAGGAUGUAGCAAUACGAUUUGCUGACCAAAGUACCUUAAGUUAGAGACAGAGAAUAUAAAAAAAUACAUAUAUAAGUCUAUAGAGAGGAAUAUAUCUUUAUGUUUGAAAUUACGAACCCAUUUUAUGUUUUUGUUCUGUUUUAAAUGCCUUUUUUUUGGUAGAAAAAAGUUAACUCAUGCCUCCUUUUCUUUCACAGGAUGUAAUUAAGACAAUCGUGUUAGUGCAAACGUGACAAAAUGUCUCCUUUUUCAUAGUGGAUAGCGAGGCAUUUUGCACUAUUCAAUAUGACUUCCCUGUGUCUCUCAAAUUCUAUUCCAAAUUGGGUUUUUUUCCAUGUCAGGAGUGACUUGAGAAACUGAAAGUCGCUUCCGGUGUGAGAAAAUUGGCUGUCUGCAAGGAUGUUGCCCAGGGGAUGCCCAGAUGUUUGAUGUUUUAUCUUCCUUGUGAGAUGCUUCCAAGCAUGGCUGUGUCCUCCAACCUCUAGAGCAAGGGAUUGGUUUGGGGAAAUCUAUGAGCAUCUCUCCAUGAUGCGCUGCGUUGCGCUUCUGGCUCUCCACUCAUUCAUGACUGAUAUGGAUGGAAGAAAGGGAAAAUGUUGCACCUACAUGAGAGUAGAACAGACCCAUUGCACUAUGCUUACAGACCCCCACUGGCUUUAUGUAGAAACAGCUUCACCCACGUCUGGAAGGGAACGUGUUUAGAAAUGCGCCACUCAGCUUCCUCCAACUUGGCGUCCUCCAGAUGUGCCAGACUGGAAUUCCUAGCAGUAGUCAAGUCUGAUAGUCUCAAAUUGACAUUUGAUAUGGUAAAUCAGAAACCUAGAGUUGGAAGAGACCCCAGUUCAAACCCAUUCAGCCAUGCAGGAAUACACAAUCAAAACCCUCCAGAUGGAUGGCUGUCCAACUUCUGUUUUAAAACCCCCAGAGAAGGAGACUCCUAGGCAGCAGCAGAUUCCAUGGUGGAACAUCUCUGAGCAUCUGGAAGAUCUUCCUAAUGGGGUUGCUGUUGUUUUCCAGGCUGUAUGGCCAUGUUCCAGAAGUAUUCUCUCCUGACGUUUUGCCCACAUCUAUGGCAGGUAUCCUCAGAGAUGGCCAUCCAGCUGCUGUUUAAAAACUUCCAGAGAAGGAGACUCCAUUGACUCCCAGGCAGCAGCAGAAUCCAAUGUGGAACAUCUCUGAGCAUCUCAAGAUCUUCCUAAUGUUUAGAUGGAAUCUCUAGAGUUGGAAAAGACCCCAGUCCAACCACAUUCAGCCAUGCAGGAAUACCCAUUCAAAACCCUCCAGACAGAUGGCCAUCCAGCUGCUGUUUAAAAACUUCCAAAAAAGGAGACUCCAUUAACUCCUAGGCAGCAGCAGAUUCCAUGGUGGAACAUCUCUGAGCAUCUCAAGAUCUUCCUAAUGUUUAGAUGGAAUCACUUUUCCUGCAAUUUGAAUCCAUUGCUCCAUUGUGUCCUAGUCUCCAAAGGAGCAGAAAACGAGCUUUGCCCCUUUCUCCUCAAUGGGACCUCUUUUCAAACAUGUAAACCUCUCAAGACUCUUCUCCAAGCUAAACAUCCCUAGCUUCCUCGUCUUCUCUUCAGAGGGAUUUGUGGUUUCCAGACCUUGGACCAUUUUGCUGGACCUUCUCUGGACACCUUCUAGUUUGUCCAUAUCCUUCCUGAAUUGUGAUGUCCAGAAUUGGACACGAGGUUAUUCCAGGUGAGAACUGAAGCACUGUGUCCAUAGUUCAGAAAAGAUAUAGACAAGUUGGAACAUGUCCAGAGGAGAGUGGAGAUGUUCCAUCACAUGAUCACAUGAUCUGGAGAUCUUCCACCACAUGAUCUGGAGAUGUUCCACCACAUGAUCUGGAGAUGUUCCACCACAUGAUCUGGAGAUAUGGAGAUGUUCCACCACAUGAUCUGGAGAUGUUCCACCAUAUGAUCUGGAGAUGUUCCACCACAUGAUCUGGAGAUCUUCCACCACAUGAUCUGGAGAUCUUCCACCACAUGAUCUGGAGAUCUUCCACCACAUGAUCUGGAGAUCUUCCACCACAUGAUCUGGAGAUCUUCCACCACAUGAUCUCAGUGAUCUAUUCCAUUCCAUCUGGAGGACACCAGCAUGAAGGAGGCUGAGCAAGCAACUCAUUACUCAAAGGUCAUAUUGGACAACUGAAACUAAUAUACCUUUAAAUUUACCUGCCAAUGAGAGAUGACAAAAAAGUUCUAGUCACAACCAUUUUUUGUUCUUCCCUGACUUCUUUCUUUUCCCAAUGGGCAAGGAUUGUCUCCUGUAAGGAAAUAUUCUUGCUUUCCAAACUAGUGUACUUCCAAGCCAUUGUGUUUUUUGGGGGGGUGGGGGCGGGGGAUGUUUACAAAAGAAAUAUUACAGCACAAAGCCUUUUUAAAAUAUACAGUCUAUAUAUUUUUGAGAGGUUUUAUAUUCACAGCCAUACCGUCGCCAUAUUUUGAUAACGCCUGCCUUUUUUUCUAAUGGGAGACUUUCUUAAAAGGAAACACACACAUUAUGUAUAUAUAUUAAAAAAAAUUGAAAGCAUGGGGAUAUUUUUUUAUAUAUAUAAAGAGGAGUGCAUGGGAAGAAGUCUCCAAAGGAGCAAAUGAAUGGAUCUGGAUUUCUGUUGGACCAGGAAUGGCUGUGGGGAUGAACCAAAGAGAAUGGCAACCUGAAGCUUUUGCAACAUUGUACUUGGGUUUGUUUCUGAUUCUUCUUCCAAGUUUAAUGACUUUUAACAUGUUCUGGAGUGUGCCGCUAUUUGAACUGAAUGCUAGCAGAGAUAUGGGCUUUGGCAUGAUCCACCUUGACUGGUUUAUCUUAUGUUUUAAUUGCUCUGCCUGGUAUUUUUUCCUCUUUGUAUCUGUUCACUGGUAGAAGAAAGCAUGCAUAACUCGCUGCCCAAAUCUGCCUUGGAAAAAGAAAAGAAAAGGAUGUAAGGGCAUUCUAUAAUGCCUUAAAAACUACCCAAGAAAAAAUGAUUUCUAGCAUAAACUUUUAUGGACCCCAAUUCACUUUGUCAGAAGCACCGGAAUCUGCAAAAGCUUGUUACUAGGAAUACAGUAGAGUCUCACUAAUCCAAGCCUCGUUUAUCCAAGCCUCUGGAUAAUCCAAGCCAUUUUUGUAGUCAAUGUUUCCAAAAUAUCGUGAUAUUUUGGUGCUAAAUUCGUAAAUACAGUCAUUACAACAUAACAUUACUGCGUAUUGAACUACUUUUUCUGUCAAAUUUGUUGUAUAACAUGAUGUUUUGGUGCUUAAUUUGUAAAAUCAUAACCUAAUUUGAUGUUUAAUAAGCUUUUCCUUGAUCAGUCCUUAUAAUCCAAGAUAUUCACUUAUCCAAGCUUCUGCCGGCCCGUUUAGCUUGGAUAAGUGAGACUCUACUGUAUAUUUUUCUCAAUUAAGGUUUUUAAACAAAACACAAAAAGGUGCUUUUUUCGUGUCAGCAGUGACUUAAGAAACCGCAAGUUGCUUCUGGUGUGAGAGAAUUGGCUGUCUGCAAGGACGUUGCCCUGGGGACGCCUGGAUGUUUUUGAUGUUUUACCAUCCUUGUAAAAUGCUUCUCUCAUGUCCCUGCAUGUAGCUGGAGCUGACAGAGGGAGCUCAUCCACGCUCUCCCCAGGUUGGAUUCGAAUUGGCAAUCUUCAGGUCAGCAACCCAACCUUCAAGUCAGCAUUCCAGCCGGCACUGUGGGCUCCUUAUGGGAAUGCCUCUUUAUGCAGAUUGAGCAUUGUUGAGGUCUAUGUGUCGUACCAAACUUUGCAGUCAUCAUUUUCACAGAAUGUUUCACCAUUAGCUCCUAAAUGUGGCAUUUCUCGUCUUGUCCAAUUUAGCACUAUUCCCUUUUCAUGCCCUCAAAGGGACUUUUCACACUCUGCAUGGACUGCCAUGGUUCUCUUACUAGGGAUUAUUGGGAUUUGUAGUUCUGUGAGGUGUUUGCAUUCACAGCCAGAGUUUUAGUGCCUCACCAAACUACAAACCCUAAGGUUUGGGAGGAUAUAGUCAUAGGUUGCAAUGAAAACAUAUACAUUUGGCUCUCCACAUUUGCAGGUUUUCAUUCUGUGAGUUUGAUUAUUCAUGGCUGUGAGUAAUACAGUCUCUCUAGGGAUCUCUAAGUCCAUCAGGAUGACUCAACAUAGAGUUGCAUUGGUAGAUCUAGAGAUCCCUUGAGGGAUGUUUUCUCGGAUGAAAAAAAUAUAGUGUCUUUCAUUUGCAGUUUUCCUACUUUACGGUCCUGUGCCCUUAAUGCCAACCAAGGUGGAGUGCUGCCUGUAUUUGUGCCAUUGUUGUGUGCCUUCAGGUCAUUUUUUGACUUAUAGCAACUCUAAGGUGAACCUAUCAUUGAGUUAGUUUUUGGUUGUUGUUGUUGUGUUGGCAAGCUGUGUUUGGAAGGAAUUUGCCUUUGCCUUCCCCUGAGGCUGAGAGAGAGUCACUCAUCCAGGGUUCCCCCAGGAGGUUUCCAUGGCCAAGUGAGGAUUCAAAAUCUGGUCUUGUUUUUUUGGAAUACAAACUAUUAUAUAAUUCUUAAAGUGGAGCCAUGGUAGUGUGGAAAAACAUCCCUGGCUUGUAGAGGCUUGAAUAGAGCAACGGUGCGGUUUUCCCCUUGUGUCGCACACUCCGAUGCAAACUCGCAAGUGCAUUGCUUGCAUUUCUGGACAGGGAAAACAUUAUAUACUAGAAAUAUCUUCCCCUUUCUUCUACUCUUCAGUUUCUCAGAUUGCCUGACACACUUUGGAAGAUUUGCCUCCCUUUUAACAAAGGGACGGUGCAAACCGAGGCUGAGACGGUAUCAAAAAUCAAGCAGUAGCUUAUUUGAUGAAAUUUCUUUUCUGCAAUGAGCGAUUUCUUUUGCACUGUCGCACAGCUGCUUUCCAGAUUUGUGCAACCUUUUUAUGGCUCUAUCAGGAGUGAUUUGAUUGUGCUUCCCUGCAUAGUUGGGGGUUGGACUGGAUGGCCUUGGGGGUCUCUAUCAGUCCUAGGAUUUUGUUCAUCCAAGUAACAAAAAAGAAAGUUCAUUCUCCCAGACUUGUGGCAACCUUAGAGUUGCCCUGGAGCCUUUCCUUCUAACCUGAUUCCUGGACUCUGGAUUCCUUUUGGGCAGCUUUUCUUAUUAACACCCUGCUGUGAGUUGUUGAUUGUGUCCCUCUUCAGGUCAUGUUAUCAGCAAGCCAACCUGCAUAGGGAAAUGAGACGAUAAUAUUGAAGUCAUGGGGUAAUUUGUCAGGGCUGAAAAUUACAAAGAUGAAAGGAACCGAAUCCCAUCAAGGAACACUGAAUUAGCUACUCCAGGCAAUCAAUCUGUGAGUCAGAAACUAGUCCUCCAGGUGCUUUGGACUUCAACUUCCAGAAGCCUCAGCUGCUUCCACCAAUGGCCAUGAAUGCUGUAGUCUAAAACCCCUGGAAGACCAGAGCUUGGGAAACACGGCUUUGUUUGAAGCUAGUAUGUGUUGGCCAGCCAUUCACAGAAGUCACCUUUACCUGAUCCUUCCAGAUAUGGUAUAAACUAAGUUGACCACUGGGAAUGACCAAUCAAUUCAUCCUAUAAGUCAGUGAUUCCCAACUGACUUAAGUGUUUUGGACUCCCACAGUACCUAACAGCUGGUAAGCUGGCUGGGAUUUCUGGGAGUUGGAGUCCAAAACAACCUGGAGGCACAAAGGUUGAGAACCAUUGCUAUAAGUGGUGAGUUUGUUGCCUGCCACAAAUAAUGAGGAAAAGUCAGGCACAUGACUGUUGGGAAAUAUGGAAAUAUGUCUUGUAAUUGAUCCAAGCCAAAGGCGCCACAAAAAGCAUUCCAAAUGCUUCCAGAUGAUUCCUAGGAACAAUGUCACCACAGGGUUGUUGUAUGUCUUUCAGGCUGUGUGGCCAUGUUCCAGAAGUAUUCUCUCCUGACGUUUCGCCCACAUCUAUGGCAGGCAUCCUCAGAGGUUGUGAGGUAUGGAUAAACUAAGUAAGGAAAGGAAAGAAUAUAUAUCUGUGUAGAGUCCAGGGUGUGACAAGAGUCCUUUGUCACUGGGAGCCAGCAUUAAUGUUUCAGUUAAUCACCCUAAUUAGCAUUGGAAAUGUUUUGUCUCUUGCCUGGGGGCAUCCUUUGUUCAGUCAAGCCCUCAAAGUGUUGGUUCCCAUCUACUGUUUUGAUUUUGGAGUUUUGUAAUACUGGUAGCCAGAUUUUGUUCAUUUUCAUGGUUUCUUCCUUUCUGUUGAAGUUGUCCACAUGCUUGUGGAUUUCAGUGGCUUCUCUGUGUAGUCUGACAUGAUAGUUGUUGGAAUGGUCCAGCAUUUUUGUGUUCUCAAAUAAUAUCCUGUGUCCAGGCUGGUUCAUCAAAUUCUCUGCUAUGGCUGAUUUCUCUGGUUGAAUUAGUCUGCAGUGCCUUUCAUAUUCUUUGACUCUUGUUUGGGCAAUGCUGCGUUUGGUGGUCCCUAUGUAGACUUGUCCACAGCUGCAUGGUAUCCGGUAGACUCCUGCAGAAGAGAGAGGAUCCCUCUUAAAAUGUCACCACAUUUUAAGUAACAUUUUAAGUUUAGAAGACACCUUAAUAAGAGAAAAUGACCCAGACUUUGGCUCUCAGGUCCUUUCAAACUUUGCAAUGCAGGUCUUUGCAUGAGUCUGCAAUGAACAAAGGGAGCAAAGUGGCACUGAAUGCUAUCCAUUCUUAAAGCAGUACUGAUCAAUGUGGUUUUAGGUAGUUCUUGUUCCAUUUGCUAUUGAUUGUUGGUGACUUUCCAGGAAAGAAAGGAACAGUUGUGUGCAAUGGACACAAAUAUGGUUCUUGGAGCGGGCGGAAUAAUGGCCAGUUUUCCCAUCUUAGAUAGCAUGAGAAACACUAUCCUAGAAGGCAUUUGAAGGCCAAGAAAAAUGUGCCGUCGAAAGCUUUCAUGGCCAGAAUCACUGGGCUGUUGUGAGUUUUCCAUGCUGAAUGUCCAUGUUCCAGAAGCAUUCUCUCCUGACAUUUCACCCACAUCCAUGGUAGGCAUCCUCAGAGGUUGAGUGGUCGUCAGGAGAAAAUGCUUUUGGAAUAUGGCCAUGCAGCUCGGAAACCUCACAACAACCCAAGAAAAAUGAAUUCUUUCCAUAAGGAUAGUGCAAUGAUGGGCGAGUUCUUCCAAGAUCCCCUCUGAUGCCACUAUAGCCCCUAAACACAUUCCUCUCACAACUGAGUUGCCCAUUUUUGAUAUGAAUGGAUUGGCACAUAUUUGCACUUACCACGUGGUGAGAUUUUAAGCUGUGCCCAUAAUAUAUUGAGAAUUAUCUUCGGUACAAGGAGAAUAGGCAAGCCUUGCAGUUUAUAUUUGGAACACAGAUAUCUAUAACUAAGAUACACAAAGUAUGAUGUUAUUGUUAUUUUUGAAACAUCAAGUGUGUUAUCGUACGACAGAUUUAUUGCUUAUAUACACAAUAUAAAGGUACAACUUAUCUCUAUCCUGAAUAAAUGUCCUUAUUCAUAUAGAUUUCAAACGGGGGAUAUAAAUCUCCUCUAAAUAAACACAAUAGUCCAAUAUAUUGAAGGAAUAUGUCUGUAGAUUUAAAAAGUCACUUAUAGGUAUCUUGAAAGACCAUAUGUGGCAUCCGAGGUUAUGGUUUUAUCAGAGAAGAGUUCUACACAGUGACCAACGUUACAACAAGGUGUCCCGGGUCGUAUUCCUUGUUUCGGUGUUUGGAACACCUUCUUCCGUCAAUAUAUUGGACUAUUGUGUUUAUUAUAUUGAACUAUUGUGUGUAUAUAAACAAUAAACCUGUCGUACGAUAACACAUUUGAUGUUUCAAAAAUAGCAAUAACAUAAUACUUCGUGUAAGCCUUGUAAUUUGUCAUGGGGCCCCUUUGGUCUUGAUAUCCAAACACAUACCCAACAACAUAAUCAAUGCCCAGUGGAUUAUGAGACUUGGAUUUCAAAACAUUAAGAGGAAAAAUGUUUCUUUGCCCUGGUGUAGAUCAGUUGGUAUUUCUCUGGAAACCCUUGGAACGUGUUGCAUAUAAUAUUGCUUUCCUGAUUCAAGUUGAGUUUGAGAAAUUUGAGAAGUUGAGAUCUUGAGAAGUUGUGCCCUCCAGGAGUUUUGGGCUUCAACUCCCAGAAUUCCUAACAGCCUCAGGCCCUUUUUUUACCCCUCCGCCGCUUGCGGCGGAGGGGUAAAAAAAGGGCCUGAGGCUGUUAGGAAUUCUGGGAGUUGAAGUCCAAAACUCCUGGAGAGCCUAAGUUGGCACAUGCUUGGGAUCGCCAUCGUGAUCAUGUUUCUUGGAGAACUAUCAUGUUGUGUUUUUGUAGAACAAAUUGUGAGGAUAUUUGCCCGGAUUGUAAGCAGCCGAGAUGAAAGGAUUCCAGUAUAAAUCCCAUCAAGGAGGGGAUAAAUGCAGUCAUGGGUGAAAUACGGAGAGACGGCGACAAGCCUUCACUGCAAAUCUAGGUUUUUAUUUUUAAAAGAGUAGGGCUGAUGGUGACAAUAGUAAAUCCCCGUUCUGGAUAGUUUGCAAAUAUCAAGAAAUUAGGGCUGCUUCUACAUUGCAGAAUUAAUGCAGUUUUGUCUUGGCCCAAUAGUAUGGAAUCAUAGGAGAUUUAUAUUUGCAGGCUUUUCAGCCUGCUCUGCCAAAGAGGAGUGGUGCCUCACCAAACUACAAAUCCCAUGAUUGCAUAGCAUUGAACCAUAGCAGUUAAGUGGCAUCAAACUGUAUUAAUUCAACAAAGUAAAACCGUAUAUGGUUCUUUACUUACUUACUUACCGUACCUACCAUUUAUCUGCGCCUGGUUUUUGUUAGAACCUUGAAGCAGUUCUCCAAGAUCAGGAAUCUACUAAAGGCACAGAGUUCCAGAAGCAGUAAAGUUCGGACUAAAAUCCGGAGUGGAUUUAUUGCAUUUGCUUAACAAAGAAGGCACCCAACUAUCCAUGGAGAAAAGUAGGAGUUGGAAAAGGAGAUUUGCCCCAUUCAUAGAACUCUUUCGUAUUCUGUGCAUCUACAAUGUCAAAUUAAUGCAGUUUCAUACCACUUUAAUUACUAUGGCUAAACAUUACAGAAUCAUAGGAGUUGUAGUUCAGGGUGGUAUCAACAGAGAAGGCGAACGCCUUUUACAGCUUUCGGUCCCAUGCUUCCAUAGCAUUGAGCCAUCUCAGUUAAAAGUGGUGUCAAACUGGAUUAAUUCUAUAGUUUAGAUGGACAGACCCAUGGUAAAAAGUCUACGCAAGAGCUUGUGCACCAAUUGCUGGAGUCAUGGAGAGAGAAGCAUUAUACGGACAGGUUAUGAAUGCGAGUCUUACCAUCUCACAAAGACCCUUCCCCUUAUUGGCAAUGCGAUUCGGCAGGCAUCACUUUUUGCUUUGUAGAUGACACACACACAACUCUUGUUGAGGGUGCUUUAACAUGCAAAGUUUUAGUCAGGGGAUACUGGGAGUUGUAGUCCAAAACCCUGGGGAAGCUAACCUUUUUUGUAUUGGGGACGUUGUAAAAGGAGGCAGUAUGACACGAGGCUGUAUUUUUAUAUAUAUAGAUAUGAAUAUAUUAUAUACCAAUAUUAUUUUUUUUUGCAUUUCUGGGAACUCUUUAGCACAGGCAUGGGCAAACUUGGGCCCUCCGGGUGUUUUGGACUUCAACUCCCACAAUUCCUAACAGCCUACCGGCUGUUAGGAAUUGUGGGAGUUGAAGUCCAAAACACCCGGAGGGCCCAAGUUUGCCCACGCUUGCAGGUCUGGGUUGUUUGGGGUAUUUGCUGCCCGUGCCAAGGGGAAAUGACCGAGGCUUCCUUUCUGUGAAAGGCCUUCUCCGUCGGCCGGGCAGCAGCGUUGAGAGCGGUCAAGGGAGCACAGCAGCGGGGGGACCGAUGGUCUCGCCGGCCUAUGCCAAACGAGUUGGUGGCACUCCUUUUCAUUGUGGUACAGUUCGGAGAAAUGACAACAAUAAAAGUCGCUUGUUUACA